AACGUUCAAUUUGCAAAACGUAAAACUCGGGGCAGACCAAUCUGUUUCACACCAUGAAUCUCGCUCUUGUCUGACGAAUAUUUUUCUGAGAAUUCUAAAAAUCCGAUUAUCUCAUUUUCCUAAAAAUCUCUGAUUUUCAUCCUCACCCUUUGUUAUCUGCCAAACACUCAAAUUAUUUUUCCCGAGAAAGUUCAAUCUGAGAAAAAAUGGCACUUCCCUUCUGCGAAAUCCCGGAGGAUCUCCAGCUCCGCGUCUUGUCCUUCCUCUCACCGACAGAGAUAUCCAGCUUCGCCUGCACUUCAAAACGCUUCGCCUCGUUAUGUGGUGAAGACAGAAAAAUCUGGCACGUUAUGUGCGAUCGGAGAUGGGGAAAAAAAACGCAGAUCCAGAAAUGGGGAAACGGUCGAAUCGCAUAUCGGCUCCUAUACAAGAUUCUGAAAGGAUUAGAAAAUCUGAUUGGAUUCUGGCGACUAUGCGGCCGAGCAAAUCCCGCCGGUUCAUCGCCGCCGUUGAUUUUCUUCGAGUGGGGUUCCUCUUUCGUCUUGGGAUCUAGGGUUUUAGCCAUUAACGAUGACACAUAUCAGGUACGAAAGACGCCAUUUCUCGUGAUGCGGAUUUCUUCGGAGGGACGAACUGAGAAUUUCCUUGAUCUCGAUGGUAAUCUCAGAUCUGUUGCCACUGAUCUAAACGAAUUAGGUGAUUCGAGAGGCAAUCUCGUUCCAGUGGAUGUGAAUUUCAUGGGAAAUGGUCAUAUCUUGGUGGAGGAGAAUCGAUGUUUUCGAGAAGAGCAGAAGAGUCCGGUUUCUAAAGGAUCUAGCUCCGGAGACGACGAGAGCGAUGAUAUGACAUCGCCUAGCUUUGUUGUUUCGGAAAUGUAUACUCAAUUGGCGAAUAGGACGAGCCCAGGAGGUGAUAGAAGGAGACAGAGGAAGAAGGAGAAGGAGAGACAAGCAAGGAUCAAGUGGGAACCAGAACACUUUAUUAAGGUUGCUGAUUUCUCGCCUACGCCUACUAAACCAUUACAGGGCCUAUGGAAGGGAUUUUGUGAGGGGAGCCUCGAGUUAUAUAUGGUGAAAUAUGAUGAAGUUGGAGGCAUUAUAUGCAGAAAAGUAGAGGACUUGUCACUCUCACGGCACACUUCUCCUGUGUUCUGGACACCGAAUCAAGCUUUUAUCAGAUCUCCGUUUUCAGUUGAAGAAGAGAUGAUAUUGGAUGGUCGAAUCCAUACCACUCCUCUCCUCGAAGAAGUUCAUGAAGAAGUCGUAUCUGGAAUGUUGUACACGAGCUCUAGUUAUGAUCUGGUGUUGCCGGGAGAAGUGGGUAAUGGCAGUGGUUUUUCCAGAGGGGAAGGGCGGGUCUGGUUGUACAAGAACGGGACUUUUGGUUUCGGGUUUCUUCGAGAUCAAUUUAUCAUUGAUCUGAAACGUGUUGCCCAAGAUGAUGGUUGUCUCGCUGAUGUGUUAGAAGCUUGAAAGUGAUUUUCUUUAUUGGUUCUGACUUGUGAAUUCUGUUAAUGAUCAUUGAUCCCCUUUUAUGUACAUAGAACGACUCAGGUGAAUUUGGUACUUUCAAAUUUAAUGUCAGAUCAUUGGAAUCGCUUUGUAUUUAUUUGUUUCCUGUAGAUUAUGUAACUGUUUCAAUGGUUAUAAAUAAUGAAUAAUGGA